AUGUCCUUGAGGGUAAAGGACGUGUAUUCAGAAAGGAGCAUCCUGCUCACUGGAUCAACGGGAUUUUUGGGAAAGAAUCUGCUUUACUCUACCGUUACUCUAUCUGCUUUAGCGAUGAAAGUUCCUCUAAAAGAGUUACAAGUUCUUGCUGAAAAGAUCCUCUGGUCUAUUCCGAAUGUUGGACAAAUAUUUCUCCUCAUCCGCCCUGCAAAAGGAAUGCUACCAAGAGAAAGGCUAGAUAAUGUUCUUAAGGAUCCUUUGUUCAAUCGUAUCCGCGAAAGUAAACCACACGUGCUUAGCAAACUUGUGCCUAUAUCUGGUGAUCUUAUGGAAGACAAUCUCGGUCUUAAUCAACAUGAUAUGCAAAACAUCUGUGAUGAGGUUAGCAUUGUGAUCCACAGUGCGGCCACUGUCAAAUUCGACGAGAAGCUCAGAGAUGCCGUUGAGAUGAACGUAAUGGGAACGACCCGACUUGUCGCCUUAUGCCACAAAAUGAAGAAUCUUGUGGCACUUGUACAUGUGUCAACAGCGUAUGCCAAUUGCGAUAGACCUGAAACUGAAGAAAAGGUGUAUAACCCUCCUAUAGCGCCGCAGAAGUUAGUAGAAGCCAUACAGUGGAUGGAUAACGAUAUGAUCAAUCUGAUCACUCCCAAAUUGCUGGGGAAACGACCCAACACCUAUACAUUGACAAAAGCUCUUGCUGAGAGUCAGCUUGUCGAAGAUGCUAAGCAACUCCCAGUAAUCAUUAUUCGACCAUCAAUUGUUGGCGCAAUGUGGAGAGAUCCACUACCAGGCUGGACUGAUAAUAUCAAUGGGCCUUCAGGCAUUUUCGCAGCGGUGGGGAAAGGAGUUUUGACGAAUAUGUGUGGAAGUGCACAUGUAAAGGCGGAUAUUAUCCCUGUUGACAUCGUCGCCAACAUGAUUAUAGUCGCAGCUGCUCAUAGAGCAACGACGAGUUAUCAAACGAUCCCCGUGAUGCACUGUGCCUCUGGAGACCUAAAUCCCAUGAAGUGGGGGAAGGUUGUCAUAUUUCUGGAACAAUUCUACCAAGAAUAUCCUCUUCAAGAGUGUUUUUCGAUUCCAUCAACAAUGUUUCAUUCGAGUAGAAAGAUGUUCGAGUUGCAUUACUACCUGAGGCACCACCUCCCUGCCAAAACUAUGGAUUUUGUUAAUGGUUUGAUCGGGAGGAAGUCAAAGUACGUUUUGAAACUUCGAUUAUUAUAUGAAUUAAAACACCCGGAAAUUACGAGAGAAAAACGCAUGAAAUUACUUAAAACUAAAUUGCUUCAUCCGUUUGUUUUUCAUUACAAAAUCUUUUCCAAUUUGAAUUCCAUUAACCAAUGGAAGCUAAACGAAAGGCAUGUUUACUCCUCAGAUUUUUAUAGAAUUGAUUUGAUCAUACUUUUCCAUGCACGGCUGUAUGCAAGGGUAUGGCGAAUGAUCGAAGCUUUGCACUACUUUACUACCCGUGGCUGGACCUUCCAGUCGAAGAAUCUACCAAUGCUUUGGGACAGUCUGUGUUAUGAAGACCAACAGCAGUUCAACUUCGACAUCCGACAACUAGACUGGAAUUCUUAUCUUUUUGAUUAUACUAUGGGAGUUAAGAGGUACAUUCUCAAAGACGACCUGAACAAAUUACAGGAGGCUCGAGCAAAGUUGACACGCAUGCGUUUGAUGCGAACUGUGUUAUCGGCUGGUUUCUGGUACGUGGUCGUCCACUUUUUUGGAUCAAGGCAAAAAAGACAUCGAAAAUGGGCUGCCUGGCUGAUUGCAUUCUCAACGUCACAUUUCUUAUUGAAUUAUAAUUUCCGUCCGAAAAUCCCUUUGAAGUCACUUGAGGAGUACAAGAGAACAGCAUACUGCUAG